AUGGAGGCAAACGGUACAUCGUUUUUGGACAAAGUGCUCAAUAUAGUUAAAGAGGACCGGUCUGAAAGUGUGCCACUCAUACAGUUCAAACAUCCGAAGGAUUUGGAGGCAAUACUGAAUUUGGAUGUGAAAGAAGGCGUAAAUGACAAAGAACUGGAGGCAUGCGUCCGCGAGGUGCUGAAGUACGGCGUCAAGACACACAAGGCUACGUUCAAGAACCAGCUGUUCUGUGCCACGGAUCCUUAUGGGCUGGCUGGAGCCUGGCUUGCAGAGGCUUGUAAUACUAGUCAGUAUACUUUCGAAGUGGGUCCAGUUUUCACUCUGAUAGAACUAAGACUUCUGAACCACAUCCUCAAAGUCUUCGGCAUUCCCAAUGGAGAUGGCAUCUUCAGCCCUGGAGGUAGCGUCUCCAUGAUGUACGGGCUCGUGGCUGCCCGGUACAAGGCGUUCCCAGAAAUCAAGACGAAAGGCAUGAGAAAUCUACCCGAGAUGGUUAUUUUUACUUCUCAAGAUAGCCACUACUCCAUCAAGAAGGCAGCUCAUUGGCUAGGUUUUGGUACUGACAGUAUCAGGAUCAUGCCCACCAAUGACCACGGCCAGAUGUUGGUGGAGAAGCUGGAUGAAGCUAUCCAGAUUGAGAAGGACCUUGGUAGAUGUCCACUCUUUGUAAAUGCGACAGCUGGUACAACUGUGUUGGGAGCUAUUGAUGACCUGGAAACCAUUGCUGAUGUCUGCAAGAAACAUGGAGUUUGGAUGCAUGUUGAUGGCUGCUGGGGAGGAAGUUUGAUGCUGUCACCUAAAUAUAGGAGCAAACUAAAAGGCAUUGAACAAGCCAAUUCAAUAGCGUGGAAUCCUCACAAAAUGAUGGGAGCUCCUCUGCAAUGUUCCGUCUUCAUGGUCCGAGACAAGGGGUUACUCCACGAAGCCAACUGUGCGGCUGCACAAUACCUGUUCGCACAGGAUAAGUUCUAUGAUGUGUCUUACGAUACAGGGGACAAGAGCGUGCAGUGUGGGAGGAAGAUAGAUUCAUUCAAGUUAUGGAUGAUGUGGAAAGCGCGAGGUGACCUGGGGCUCAGCGAGCUUGCAGACAGGACAAUGGCAACAGCACAAUUCUGCAUAGAGGCUGUAGCAAGCCGACCAGGUUUCAAACUGGUGUCCAAUGUACUGCAAUGUCCCAAUGUAUGUUUCUGGUACAUUCCUACCUUCAUGAGGGGAAAGGCUGAAGAUGAGCAGUGGUGGGAGAUUAUGCACAAGAUAACGCCUAAGAUCAAGGAGCUCCUAAUCCUGAGGUCUCAACUGAUGGUGGCCUACUCUCCACUGCUACAUCACAAGAACUUCUUCCGCCUGGCGUUCACCUUCCACCCAGAGGUGGACAACCAGGAAGUGCUGCAGAUGCUGCAGUCCAUUGAGCAGGCUGGUGAGACGGUUACCAUGGAUAUGUUGACUUAA